GAGGGAGGGUAAGUCUGUGGAUGGAGGGAGACGGGAUGCUGUUGCCAGGGAACAGCAGCCUCUUAGAAGACCGCUGAAAACCACAGCAGGAUUUUCUAAUAGAGUGAAGACACACAGGGAUUGCUGCUACUUUGUCUCCUGUAGGACUUAACACAUCGCUUCCUUGAAGGGGUUCGGACACAAGAUAAAGAAGAAGGGUUUGAUUUGAUUGAGAGGGUGAAGAAAGUGGGUGAAAAUGAUCCACUAACCACAGGCAGAGAAACGGGGGGAGAGGGCGUCUGGGUUGCUUGGAUCAUGAUGCCAGAGCAGAUGCAUUCCCUCUAAAGGAAUUUCUGUGUGUUGAUGGUGUGGACGCAGGAGCUGAGGGGCAGCCUGUCGUCUCACUCUUCACGGCCAGUCUUCCCCCAACAAAGGUAGCCAAAGGCGGCGGAGGAGGAGGGAGGGUGGAGCACAGAGGUGCCCCCUGUCUUUAGACACCUGCUGCUGGCUCGCGUCUGACACCGAGGACACUGUAUGUCUGUGUCUGUGCAUGAGUGCGUGUGCAUGUGAAUUAGUCCAAGACAGAGAGGAAGACGAGAGACUUCAGUCAGACCCAUGAUUUUCUGUCGGCGCGGAGGAUCAAGACUUUGUCCCCUUGGGUCUUUGCAUCUGUGAUUGAGGAGGCAGGAGGACUUGGUGACGAGCUUCAUCACAUUGCUCAUGUCCGGCCUCCCCUCUCUGAGGGAUGGGCACCACAGAGGCAACUCUACGAAUGGAGAACAUGGAAGUGAAAGACGAGUGGCAGGAUGAAGACUUCCCAAGACCGCUGCCAGAGUACGGAGACAUGGAUCCCGCCUGUGGUCUGACGGAUGACAGAGCCUCUCCCCCCAACUCCCUGCACGUGAGCUCACCUGGAGGGGGAGGAGGGGGAGGAGGAGGCGCGUCCCACCAUAAACGCCGCACGCUGGUGGCCCCGGAGAUGAACCUCUCCCUGGACCAGAGCGAGGGGUCUCUGCUGUCCGACGACUUCCUGGACACGCCGGACGACCUGGACAUCAACGUGGACGACAUCGACACGCCGGAUGAGACGGAUUCGCUGGAGUUCAUCACCAACGGCAACGACCUAGAGUGGGAAGAUGACACUCCGGUGGCCUCGGCCAAAGCCGGGCCCCGUGACGGGUCAGAGGGAGUGGACGGGGAUGGAGCCGCCAACGGACGCCUGUGGAGAACGGUGAUCAUCGGGGAACAGGAGCAUCGCAUCGACAUGCAGGUCAUCAGGCCUUAUCUCCGGGUUAUCACGCAUGGAGGUUAUUAUGGGGAAGGCCUCAACGCCAUCAUCGUGUUCUCUGCCUGCUACCUGCCUGACAGCAGCUGCCCGGACUACCACUACAUCAUGGAGAACCUCUUCCUAUACGUGGUGAGCAGCCUGGAGAUGCUCGUAGCGGAGGAUUACCUGAUCAUCUACAUGAACGGAGCCACUCCGCGGAGUAAGAUGCCUGGAAUCAGCUGGCUGAAGAAAUGCUAUCAGAUGAUUGACAGGAGAUUAAGGAAGAACCUGAAGUCUCUUGUCAUCGCUCAUCCUACAUGGUUCAUACGAACUGUCCUCGCUAUAUCCAGACCCUUUAUCAGUGUGAAGUUCAUGAACAAGAUCCAAUACGUCCACAGCCUGGAUGAACUGGCCGAGCUCGUCCCGAUGGAGCACGUCCACGUCCCGGAGUGUGUGGUGCAAUUUGACGAAGAGAGGAUUAAAGCUCGAAGGGAAAGGAUGGAGCAGGAGCAGAGGCAGCAGGAGCAGCAGCACUCGGUCCCACAGGAACCAAUUAAAAAGUCUGACAGGCCAAAGUCAAUGAUUGUUGAUCAAGGCUUAUGAGAAGCGCAGGGCUUUGCGUUGACAGGCGGAUCCUGUAGAAUAUGUGUACUUCUAAUCCAUGCAGGGCGUGAUGGAUGGAUGGAAGCAUGGAUGGGAGCAUGAAACCUAUGUAAACUUUACUAUUUACAAAAAGCAGCUAUCCAGAGAGCAGACCUUGUGCUUCCUCGUCAUCCUUCCCAUAUUCCACCCAUCGAGAUGCUCCUCUCCCUCAGAGGGAGGACACAGGAAGAACGAUGCUCUUCUGUUGGUUGUUGAUGAGUCUCUAACAGUUAAACACAUUAUGUAGCCCGUGUUGCAAAUGUUCCAUCACCCUGAGACUCACUAACAGAUUAUUAUGCUUUAAAUACCUUGAGUCUGUCUGACAUUUAUAAUGAUUCUGAUUAAUGUUAAUGUCUCUAACGAUGGUUUCCACCUGAUAGGAUGCCUUGAGUUUUGACUCAUAACUGCUGUAGCAUAAGGCCUUUAAAAGCGGCUCUGUGGACAUUUUAAACUGUCUAAAUGUAUGCGUUUAUAGCGUUUCCCAUGUGACCUUUGCUUGAUUCCUGUGUCAUAAUGUGCCUCAGUCUUCUUGUGCUUAACAUGCAGAGAUUACCGCUGAAUUUGCUGAGAACCUCGUAUGAGAACAUUUGUAAAAAAACUGAUAUGUUGUGGAAACACAAACAAGACUUUGUAGAUAACAUUCACUCAUUUAUUUUAUGAUGUUAAGUAUAUAAUAGAUUCCAUGUAUUAACUUCUGUAACUCACAAAAGACAAAGUAUAAUUCACCUAAUUUUCCCAUAAUACGUGUAUAAUGAUUGUGCGUUACACAACACUUCAGAUUUAGAUUAACUAAGAAUAUGCCAUCUGACUGAAGGAUGACGUUUAGAGAAGGGUUCAGCCUUUCGUUUCUUGGGUUGUGGGUUGAUUGUACAAACCGAGUAUAACUGUUUAUCCGGCUGAUUGUAGCAGUCACAGGUCGUCUCCUGCAGUUGCUCGUUCUCUGAGGGAAGGUUCUUGUGUUUGCAGCCUGGUGGCUGUAAUGAGUGCCUAUAUUUGAACCAAAUGUUCAGAGAACAUUCAGAGUUAGACGCCGAGUUGGAGCCCAAACUAACUAAAUGUUCAUUUGCCUAUUAAAGCACAAUGGAUUAUACUGUAAUACCUUUGCCUGUCACAUGCUGUAAAUUGCUCAGAUAUAAAUGGAAAGAGCUGAUCUGUCAUAUUUUGGUUCUGCCUUGUAAAUAUUACUGAAUAAACUGUUCAUCUCAAA